AUGCCCACACUGUUAUCUACUCAAUCCCAUGUUGUUCAUGGUUACGUUGGUAACAAAGCUGCUGCAUUCCCUUUACAAUGUUUGGGCUGGGAUGUAGAUUGCCUAAAUACAGUUCAAUUCAGUAACCAUACAGGUUAUGGCAAAGUUGUCGGAGAUAUCACACCGGUAGAUGAAUUGUUAAAAAUCACAAACCAUCUCCUACAAAACUUUAAAUACAAUUCAUUUUUAACGGGGUAUUUACCAAAUAAGGAUUCAGUAGAAGUAAUAUGUGAUAAUAUUUUGAAUUAUAAAAAAAAUACAAAGUCUAACAGUAGCACCAUCCGUCCCUUGUGGCUGUUAGAUCCUGUCAUGGGUGAUGAUGGGCAUAUAUACGUUGAUCCUAAUGUAAUUCCAACAUACCAGAAAUAUGUGUUAUCAGGAUAUGUUGAUAUUAUCACGCCAAAUCAGUUCGAAUUACAAUUAUUAACCAAUACGGAGGGUAAAGUGUUAAAUACUACAGACGACUUAAGAUCAUUAAUUGUAACUCUACACCAAAAGGUACCAAUCAUUGUAAUAACCAGUACCACUACCUAUAAUAAUAAUCAUAAAGAAGAUGAUAAAAAUAAAAUAACAUGCAUUGCUAGCAUUAGGAAUAAUAAUGGUAAAUUAUACAAAUUCCAGGUUCCUAAGAUAAAUUCAUAUUUUACGGGAGUUGGAGAUUUGUUUUCAGCAAUCCUGCUUGAUCGAAUGUGGAAAUUGAAGUAUCAAAAUGCUACUGCAGAUAUGUUAGUUAAAGAUUUUAUUAAGAGUAUUAACUACGUGCUUAAUGUCAUACAAAAAGUAUUGCAAACCACAAUAGAAAACAGAUCACAGUACAUUAAAACGUUACUAGAUCAACAGGGAGGUGAGGGUGCUGCUAAGAUUGGCGGUGACGCCAAAAUAAUGGCUGAAAUGGAACUGAAGAUUAUCGAAUCAAAAGAUCAUUAUGAUAAUAAAGAAAAUCUAAUAGACUAUUUCGUAGAUGUUAUAUAA